AUGUUCAAAUCACUCCUCACUAGGUCUGCCACAGUGAGGCCGGGUGCAGUUUCGCGACCCACCUCCAAAGCCGUUGCUUCUCACAAUGUUUCAAAACGAAGUCUCCAUCUCGCUCCUCCUUUCCUCCUUGACGACUACAUUCCUCGCUAUAACCUGCUCUCCUCCGCCGAGGCAGCAAAAAAGCGUUCCGCCGCCUAUGCUCACCUCCGUCAAUGCAACCUCUGCCCGCGUCUCUGUAAUGUCAAUCGGUACGAGACCACCGGACACUGCUUGAUCGGUGCAGAGACGGUCAAGGUAUCAAACAUCGCACCUCACUUUGGGGAAGAGCCGUGUCUUCAAGGGCAUAACGGUUCUGGAUCUAUAUUCCUGAGUGGCUGUAAUCUGAGGUGUGUGUUCUGUCAAAACCACGAUAUAGCGCACCAGAAGAUUGGCUUUGACCUGACCCCGGAGGAGUUGGCCGAGUGGAUGAUCAAGUUGCAAGAGGUGGGCAAGGUGCAUAAUAUUAACGUCGUGACGCCCGAGCAUGUCGUGCCCCAAGUCGCGCUAGCUAUCCUGACGGCUAGGGACAUGGGCCUUAAUUUGCCGAUCGUGUACAACACCAGCGCGUUCGACAGUCUGGAAAGUCUCAAGUUGAUGGAUGGACUUGUGGAUAUCUAUCUACCGGAUUUCAAGGUCUGGAACAACGAAACUAGCAAGAGGCUUCUAAAAGCCGACGCCUACGCGGAUACGGCCAGAGAAAGCAUCCAGGAAAUGUAUAGGCAAGUCGGCGAUUUGUGUUUCACUGGCGACGGGAUCGCGAAGAAAGGAGUUUUGGUCCGCCAUCUGGUCAUGCCGGGAAAGGAGCAAGAAGGAGUGCAGAUCAUGAACUGGUUGGCUGAGGCGCUCGGAAAGGAUGUCUUCGUGAAUAUCAUGGAACAGUAUUUUCCGACUGCCCAUGUUGGUAAGGAGAAAAGGGGCUCCAAGUCAGACAAGUCGAGCAAGAGAUAUCCGGAAAUCAACCGCGCGGUAAACCACGAAGAGAUCGGUGUGGUGCAGAAGGCAGCGAGAGAUGCUGGGCUUUGGAGAUUUGCUGAGCCAGCGAGGCAUGGUGGAUGGAAUAUUUGA